AUGCAUUCAAAUGUUGUCCUUCAAAGAACUGAUACACGUCGUCUAUCUCCACAAACAACAAGUUCAAGUGGUUAUCAUAGUGAUUUAUCAUCAACAAAUGAAUCACCACAAUCUAUACAUGAAAAUCGAUCUACUAUUAAUAAACAAUCCAAUUAUGUACAAAUAAAUAAAACGAUAAAUAAUAAUAAUAAUAAUAAUAAUAAUAAAUCAUUAAAAACAAAAAAUAUUUCACGUAUAUCAAGUUUUAUACGUAAACAAUAUGAAAGAGCAAAAUCAAAACUAAUAUUAAAAAGACAUUAUCAUCAAUCAUCACCUAUUAAAACAUGUAGUAAAGCAACAUCAACAACACCUUUAAGUUAUUUAUCAGAAAAUAAUAAUAUAAAAUUACGACAAUCAUCACCAAUAUACCAACAAAGUUCAUUUAUUGAACCGUCUAAAAUUCAUUCUAUACAUGUUUAUCCAUUAUAUGAUAAUCAAAUAAGAAUUUCAUCAGAAAAUUAUGCAUCAAUUCAUGAUUGUUAUUCUCAUCAACCAUCACGCCGUUUAUUAUCUUAUUCAAAAAGAAAUAUUAAUAAUCAACAAAAUUCUUAUUCAUAUCAUCGAUUAACAACAGUAAUUAAUCAUGAAAAUCUUACUAAAAAUUAUUUAUCAACGAAUGAUAAUAUAUUUUGUCAGCAAAACUAUUUAAUUAAACCAUCAUUGUGUCAAAAUUAUUAUCCAUAUAAAUAUUUAAAUAAAAAUUAUGAUUUUAAUCGAUCAUUAUAUGAACCUAUAAGUGAUUUUAUUAGUACGAAAAAUAGUGCAUUUAAACCAAUUAAAUUCUAUCGACGUCCUUCUUUACAUAGUACAAGUGAACAAAUAUCACCAUCUGAUGAUCCAUGUGAUCUUGAAGUAGCACAAUAUUUUCAUCCAAAUCCACAAUGGAGUAAUCCAAAUUAUUUUGAUAUUUAUACAAAUGAAGUAUCAACAAAAUUACCGAGAAAAACCUAUACUGAAACAUUAUGUUAA